UGCCCCUUCCCUCUCCUUUCUUCUUCCCUCUUACCUCUUCAGAGAGAGAAACAAUACAUUUCUAAUCCACUACAAGUAAUUAAUAUGAUCGGACAACUUAUGAACCUCAAGGCGACGGAGCUCUGUCUCGGCCUCCCCGGUGGCGCUGAAGCCGUUGAGAGUCCUGCAAAAUCGGCGGUGGGAAGCAAGAGAAGCUUCUCCGAGACCGUUGAUCUCAUGCUCAAUCUUCAAUCUAACAAAGAAGGCUCCGUUGAUCUAAACAACGUCGCCGCAUCUACCAAGGAGAAGACUCUCCUUAAAGACCCUGCCAAGCCCCCUGCUAAAGCACAAGUGGUGGGAUGGCCACCUGUGAGGAACUACAGGAAGAACAUAAUGACGCAGCAGAAAGCCAGCGGCACGGAAGAGGCCAGCAGCGAGAAGGCCGGCAGCGGCAGUGGAGGAGCGGCUGGAGCCGGCUUGGUGAAGGUGUCCAUGGACGGUGCUCCAUAUCUCAGGAAAGUUGACCUCAAGAUGUACAAAAGCUACCAGGAUCUCUCUGAUGCCUUGGCCAAAAUGUUCAGUUCCUUCACUAUGGGAAACUAUGGAGCACAAGGAAUGAUAGAUUUCAUGAACGAGAGCAAGCUUAUGAAUCUCCUCAAUAGUUCUGAGUAUGUUCCAAGCUACGAGGACAAAGAUGGUGAUUGGAUGCUCGUCGGCGAUGUCCCAUGGGAAAUGUUUGUCGAGUCUUGCAAACGUUUGCGCAUUAUGAAGGGAUCUGAAGCAAUUGGACUUGCUCCGAGAGCAAUGGAGAAGUACUGCAAGAACAGAUCUUAAAGUCAAAAAAAAAAAAAAAAAAAAAAAAAAAAAAAAAAAA